AUGAAGGCACAGGCUAAACAUCUCCCAACUAACACAGAAAAAUCAAAUCUGAGCGACAUACCCGGCGCCCUUCACCCAAGACAGCUUCAAAUACCCGCAAUUAAGCCGAGGUGUUAUACGCCUGAACAUCACUGUCUACUUUUUAAAGCAAUGCUGAAGCUCAUUGAAUCGCAGCUCGGUGUUAGGGUUUCGAUGCAGUAUUUGGAGGAGCACAACAUUCCAGAAUCAGAUCGUAUAGUUGCACCACACCAUCGACAGCUGCACGACCUUACUAACAUUACACAUCUAAGUGGAGAUGCCUCGCUAUCUCAAUCCGUUCAAUUUGGCGGCAAUCCGCUAGCUCUCGAUGAAAUCUGCAACCUCUCUAUUAUUGAUGAGCAACUGAGCUCGCGUCGAGUUGCAUCAUCCUCUCGCUUCUUCAAUUACUCUCAGUACAAAUGUCUCAGACCGGAUGAACUUGCGAAGGCGUUUUCAACUUUCGGUGAAGGGGUUCUCUUUCUAGUCGGCGGAGCAGCGAAUGAUGCACCUCAGCUGGUAGCUCUGCUUCCGGGCACCUCUGCUAUGACCCGCCGAGUUUUACGGGUCUUCACCAUUCAAAGUCCCGACAUGAAACUGAAGCUUGGCCAGCUAGAGGCGCGUUUCAUGCCCUUUUCUCGAGAGGUUAGGAUUGCCUACGAAGCAAACUACAUCCUCCCUUUCACCCUCCUUCAUGUCAACUUUGACGAACCCACUGGGGGCUUGCUCUCGCAUCCCAGCAGCACCACCCCUGCCCAUCUGAUGACGCAAGUGUCGCCCUAUUCCACCACUCACUCUCCUCUAGCUUCGAUCAAGGCCGAUGUGGAUCGCAUCAAACGUCUCUCCCUGGCCUAUCAGAACGAAGGCACGUGGAUUCCUUUGGGAGAUCUAGGCCCCGCAUCCUCGUCUGCAUCCGCACUGGAACAAGUGAUCUCCAGCCAGCUGCGCAAAUGUAAUAGUACUGAGCCUUCACUCUUCCUAAUUCGGUCUUACUCAGCCAUCAAAUACUCCUCAUCCUCAUUUGCUCUAGCCCAGCAGGAAAUAGUCACGCCGUUGGGUCAACGCCUGAUCAGGGAGUUAGACUCCACGGAGCGGAUGUGGGAGGCGUUGAAAGAUGCACCCAACCGUAGAACUGCCCGUGAGGGCUUCUUGGUGGCGCUGCGACUUCUUCAGGAGAAGGCAGAUCUUCUUUCGGUGAGUUUGUCGGAUUUCACGCGGUUUGCGAAGCUGGCACGCUCUAGCGCAGCGGCGGGGCGAGGUGAAACGCUGGGCAACUUCGAGGUCCUUGGUCUGCGCAUGCUCAUCGAGGCGGGUGUCUUCAAGGCCACCAACGACUGUCUCGCUGUCAUCAGCGCUGUGUCGCCACCUUUGGAACGUAGCUUUUCAUCGGCUAAUCUGACAGCGGAGACGGAUUUUGAAACGCGUCUACGUCUGCUGCAUCACCUCUAUCGCGUUUCCUGUCUGGUCGUCGCCCUUGCUACCGUUGCUCAGAAUGCCCUCGUUGAAAAAGAGAUCGGGCCCUUGCUUUUCGAUACGAAGAGCUCGGAGGCCGAAUUCGCCACUUUCAUGAAGGUGGAGGAGGUGGAGAUGAACAAAGUCUUUACUCACACCUGUACCACUGCUCUUAAAAAUCUCACUGCACAGCUAGCCGAUUUCACCCCGGACUUGUGGAUAAUGCGGAUGUCCACAAUGGAACCGAUGCAAAUUGAAAAGCGACUUGUCUAUGAAUGCAUCAAUUCAGGUGGUGGGAACCUAAACAAAAAACCAGCUGGAGUCACUGGCCCCUCUACGACUUUCUGCGGUCUUGGAAUCAUCGCUGGGUAG